UCUCUCUCUCUUUAGUCUUGACUAAGUCCCUGUCUCAUCUCAUCUCAUCUCUCUAGAUCUCGACUCAGUCGCUGUCUCAUCUCGCUUGGCCGUCGAUCAGCGCAUUCUAGCUCGAUUCUGUCUCAAGUCUCAAUUGCUUCGUGCCAUGGCACCAGCCACUCGCACAUCAGGAAUGGAGUUCGAGGUGUUCCUGAGUUUCAGAGGACCGGAUACUCGGCGCGACUUCACUAGUUGUCUCUACCGUGAAAUGGUGGAGAAAGGAAUCCGCGUCUUCAAAGACGACGAAGAGCUCCGAGUCGGUGAGAAGAUUGAGGGAGAGCUCUUGCAAGCCCUUGAAGACACUCAAAUCUAUAUCCCCAUCUUCUCUAAGGGCUUCGCUUCCAGUCGGUGGUGUCUCCGUGAGGUUUCGCAUAUGAUAGAUUGCACUUUAAAGUCGGAAGGGAAGAAGGAUAUCCUUCCCCUUUUUUUCGACGUGGAGCCAGAGGAUGUGAAGCUCAAAACUGAAUUGUACAGGAAUGCCCUGUCUAAGCAUGCGGAGAAGUAUGGCCCGGAUGAGGUGAAGUGCUGGGAAGCUGCUCUUGUUGAGGUUGCAACUAGAGUAGGCUGGAAGCGGGAAGGGAAAGAGUAUGGAGAACUUAUAGGAUCGAUUGUUCGAGAGGUCCAACUUAAGCUGAAGGUGAAGAAUAGAUCUCUUCCUGACCAUCUAGUUAAAGUGGACGAUGAAGAAGCUAUAGAGGAAUUGUUGGAUGUUGACUCUGAUGGCGUACGAUUCGUCAUAAUCCAUGGUACGGGUGGUAUUGGUAAAUCAACUCUGGCUAAGGUUAUCUUCAACAAAUUCUUGUCUAAAUUCGGUUGCUCCAGUUUCCUUGAAGAUGUCCAAAGUCAUCAUCUUUUAGACAUGCAAAAGAAGCUGUUAUCCGACACAAUAGGCGCGACCUCUACUGACGGAAUCCAUGACACUAACGAUGGGAUCAAUCGCAUAAGAAAAGGACUUAGCGAGAAAAAGGUUAUGGUUGUUGUCGAUAAUGUGAACGACAAGGAGCAACUCGAGAACCUCGCAGGGAGCUACAAAUGGUUCGGUUCCGGAAGCAGGAUCAUCAUCACAGUCAGGGACAAAAGGACAAUACCAUAUAGGACGAUGCUAGAUGAGGAGAACCAAACGCGACCUAGCUAUUACAUGGACUACCCAGUAAAGGAGAUGCCUUUGGAUCAAGCGAUUUUGCUAUUCAGCAAGCAUGCCUUCAGAAGCGAUACUCCUCCAAAAGAUUGGCACAAUUUCUCGAAAGUAGUCGUUUUAAGCAUAGGGAGGCUUCCUUUGACUCUUGAAGUCGUGGGUUCUCUUUUCGCCAACACAGACAGAUCGAAGUGGCACGAGACAUUGAAGGACUUAAAGCAAGUCCCGCAUGAGGAAGUCCGAGACACACUGAUGAUAAGUUUCAACAAAUUGGAUCCCAGAAAAAAAGCAAUAUUCCUAGAUAUUGCAUGUUUUUGCAUCGGGGAGGAUAAGACGCAUGCGUAUUACAUGUGGGAUGAUUGUGGAUAUUCUCCUCGUAGCGCAAUUGAUGAUCUUCUCCUCAUGUCGUUGAUAAAGAUUGAUGAGCACAAUAAGUUCUGGAUGCAUGAUGAAAUUCGAGAUCUAGGAAGAUACCUUGUCAAGGAAGAGAAUUUUGAAGAUGCUGGAAAGCGCCGUUGGGUGUGGAUUGACAAGAACACUUUAGACGUGCUGAGGAGCAACAAGGAAAACCCAGAUGUACGAGCACUCAGUCUGGGUAUUAGUCACGACUUUACACCUGAAGAAUUAGCUCGUUUUCCAAACUUGAGGUUCCUUGGAGGGGAAAGAAUGGAUUUCGUGGGCAACUUCGAAAAUCUUCUUCCCAAUCUAAGAUGGCUUUCUUGGCGUUAUCGCCCGCAGAAUAUUAGAGCGACGAAUCUUCAACCGGUGAAUUUGGUAGUGCUCAACCUUUCGCGGAGCGAAAUCACCCACAAAUGGGGUGGAUGGAGACAAAUCAAGAUGGCGAAAAAGUUGAAAGUUCUAAAUUUGGAAAAUUGCUUUAUGUUAACCGAGACACCUGAUUUUUCCGAGUUUGGCCAGUUGGAGAAAUUGAUUCUCGCUGGGUGUAUUGGUUUGUCUACAAUUGAUAGUUCAAUUGGUAAGCUAAAACUGCUAAGUGCUUUGAAUUUCGAGGGAUGUAGCUCCCUUCAAGGGUUGCCCAAAGAAAUCGGUUCCCUAAAAUACUUGUCAGAGAUUUUCCUUUGCUCAACAACGGAACAUUUUAAAUUUCCUGAGACACUAGGCAAUCUAAAAUCUUUGACCAAGUUUGAAAUUUUUCGGUGUCCGGGUAUCAGCCAACUUCCUCGGUCUAUUGGAAAGUUAACGAAUCUCACGCAUUUGAUUUUGCGUGAAUGCGAAACUUUGCAUGAGCUUCCGGACUCUCUUGGGGAACUAGAAUCAUUGGUCGAGUUGGAUAUACAAGGGUCAUCUAUCUUCACUCUUCCUGAUUCCAUUGGAAAUCUGAAGAGACUAAAAGUCAUUAGGGUGGCAAGUUCAAGGAUACAUAUGAUACCUUGUGCUCUUGGACAGGUGGAGACGCUCGAAGUGCUUGAUGCCUCGUAUUGUCAGCAUAUCAUGAAUGAAAUCCCGUGGGAAAUGUGGAGCCUGACUCGUCUGAGGACCUUGGACUUAUGUAUGAUCCCAAUCUCUACACUGCCGCCAAAAAUAAGUGGUUUCUCUAGUCUCCAAACACUUAAAUUUGAAAUUGCAAGGGGCCGGUUUUGCCCAUUGCCGGAGCUUCCCUCGAGUUUGAAAUUCCUUGAGGUGGUGGGCGUUGUUAAUUUCAAUGUUCUUCCCGACCUCUCGAGCCUAGUCCACUUGGAUCAUCUCCACUUGUGUGGGCCAUUUACUGCACUUUGGAGCGAGAGCGAGAACGAGGUCAUGCUGUCCAUCCAUCGGCUUCCGCGUGGCUUAUCAACCUUGAAACUUCACUAUAUCCCGCAAUUGCCAGAUUUUUCCGACUUCAAAAACUUGUCGAUUCUCACCAUCGGCGGAUGUCCGAUGCCACACUUCCCCGUCCUUAAAUCCUUGGAGAGAUUAAGGAAAUUGGAGAUAACUCACUGCAAAUUCCUAGAGAAGACACCCGAUCUUUCGGGCUUGAAGAAGCUAGAAGAGCUACAGCUCUGCCACUUAGACAAAUUAGCUGAGAUUCCAGGUUUGGGUGAACUGGAAUCACUAAAGUUUUUACGCAUUUGGUGUUGUAGGGAGAUCGAACAAUUACCUAACCUCUCGAAGUUGAAGAAUCUACGUUAUCUCAUGCUAUGGGAUAGUUCUAAGAUUAGAGCCGUGGAAGGCUUGGAAGAAUUGAUUUCUUUGAAGAAUGCGGAGAUCGAAGGAUGCGAGUCCCUGGAAAGGUUGCCUGAUUUGUCGGCAUUCACCAAGUUGAAGACAGAUUGGAAGCCGCCAAAAUUUGCAGAAGACACCAUUCAGUCUAAUAUGCCUGAACUCCCCCGCACCAUUCGUGGGGUCGUCAAAAAAGCCCCGCCCCGCCCAGCCCGGUCCAAAAUUUUGGGGUGUUUUGGGGUUGGGCCUUGGUCUUCUUUGCUUAAGGCUUUUAAUCGUGGGCAUUAGAAGGGUUAGGGCAGGGUCGGGUCCGACCCAUUGACACCGCCGGGACCACCCAGUUACCCACUCAUCUCUGCCUCUCUCUCGCCUUCUCCUCUUCUCUCCCUCUGCGCAGAGCGUGACGAUAACCCAACACCGAUCGCCCCUCCGCUCGCCGUGAACUUCAGGCGACUAAUAGCCUUUGCCUCCAUCACCGUUCGCUCCCUUGAGUGUGCGACGAAACCCUAGUCGCAUGCAGUUGAGCGAUCUCAUCACGGCAAUGGGCGAGAGAUACGACAGCUCGUUUCCGCCUCUCUCUCUGUCGAUUCCGUUGGAUAUCUUCUUGCGUGCUAUCGUGAAUUCUCGCGACUUGAACUCUGCCUUUUCGUUUGAAUCGUGACAGCGGGGAUCGAGGUGCACGAGCUGAGGCAGAAGUCGAAGGCCGAUCUGCUGAGCCAGUUGAAGGACCUCAAGGCCGAGCUCUCCAAGACGUGUGUCGCCUUUUGGGUAGUAAUGUCACACUAACAACACUAAUUGCCUUGGAAAAGGCAGUGAAGGUACGAUCGAGGUCUAUGAUGAUUGCUCUGCUAUUUGGAGGCAACGGGUAUACUUAAUUUAGGGUGGUUAAAUGGUAUUAGAGCUUGAUUUUCCAGAGGCAUUUUCUGGUCUUCUGACUCAUAGAGAAUUCGAAUUGGUGAAGUUGUGUUAUAUCUUAAAAACAAAGUUUCAGUCGAAACUAUGAGUGAGGAGGACAAAUUGCUUUGUAUGAGUGGUUGCAUAAGUAUCUGCUACAUGGAAGGCUUUAAGCUCAACUUUUAAUCCACCAUGUAGCAUUUGCUUGACUUUUUUGCAUUGCAAUCUGUGGGAAACUGGUAUUUUGAUGGGUGAUGAAUGUAUGGGUGAUGUGUACUUUCUGGUAAUGGGUGGCAAUGGCAACUUUGAGUUCUGUGCUGUAAGUCUGUCGGGUUAUGGUAGCUUAUUGGAUGAUUUUGUUGGAUGCUCUACCGCUAAUUAUGUUAUUUUGCCAUUGUUUGCGAUUAUUCGAGUGUUACUACAAAUAUCGAGCUGUGUCGGCUUCUGGCUAGGUUCGGGGAAGUUUGUUGCGGUCUCAAUGUUGGAGUGUACACAGUACGGUAGUUGUUAAUUUGGAAAGAUGAAUGCAGGGGGAUUUCAUUAGAUUUUGGUUUUACGCUCGAUUAGUUAGUGUGAAUAUCGAUUAAGGUUGUGCAGGUCAAGUUCUUGACUUCCUGUAUUGAUGCACUUGGAUAUGGAAACUAAAGAAAAGGGAAAAUGGUCGUAUAUCUCACUAGGAGCUGGAUCAUCAUUACAUGUUUUUGAUAUCUUGUGUUGUGGCAUUUGCAUCUUCACCUUGAUGGAGCAAUUUACUUUUUGUAUGUCAUUUUGUUAAUGCUUGUGACAAAAGCUUUGGAGUACUUAGGCUACCUAAGGGGUACACUGUUACAAGCAAGCAAUUAUGUCUCCCAGACACAUGACUGCAUGCUUAAUCAUGUAGAGUCUGUAAAUUCUUUAAAUUCACAAGCCAUUUCGAAGAUGUACUCUGCUGAGAAGUUUUUUUAUGAGAAGGGUGAGAUUUUUGCAAGAAUCACUUCUUAGGUCCAUGUGGGCAUGAAUCCUCUACCGAACAUUAGAAAGCUUGUUAUCAUCUCUACUUGAAGAGGUCAAGGAAUUCGAUUAACCAAUGCCACCUUGGCAACCUAUCCAUUACCACUACACAAGAAAGGUGUUAAUAAAGAUCUGUUGGAAUUAAUGGGACACCUCGCGUGUGAAAGUAUGUAGAAGGUGAUUACUUUGUCUUCGGCUAUAGGAAGAAGCAAGCAGUUGGGGAGAAUAUCUUAGUUUCUGAUUGUUUUGUCUGGUCAUCAUUAAGGAAAACAAAGG